AUGAAUCUGUCGGACGAUCUUCUGUUCCUACAGAAUCCUCUGUUAUUCAAUGAAUCACAACCAGAACUCCGAGCCAUGAUCGCUCAUCAAGCUGCUACAUGUCUGUUCACGGUGUUCGGCAAUCUUCUGAUGAUCUUCGUGAUUCUGCGUAACAAUCGUGUCAUGAGGAAGAAGAGGAUCACUCCAGUCCAGAUGUUGAUGUUACACAUGUGUACGAGUGAUUUGCUGUUUGCUUUGUUGACCAUCUUCCCGACUAUGAUUAUUACCAUCACCGUGCCUACGUUUUACGGACCUGAUUUACUGUGUAAACUGGUCAAGUGUCUACAGGUGGGUUAGGGUAUAGUGGUGUUAUUAUAAUGUUGUUUGGUUUUAAAUUUUGGAUGAAACAACUUUUGUAUUCAUGUAUAUGUUUCGUAUUUUCAGGUACUGCCUAUGUAUUCGAGUUCAUUUAUGUUGGUAGCUAUCAGCGCUGACAGAUAUUACGUAGGUUUUUUUACUCUAUAUUAAACCUGCUAUCAACUACUAGCUUGGUCAAAAAAGUUUUGAAUUUCAGGCCAUAUGUCGACCACUGGCCAACAUACGAUCAGGGCGUUACAAUCGCCCUGCCCUCUACGCUGCCAUAGCCUGGUUCUCGGCCCUACUCUUCUCGACCCCCCAAUUCCUGAUAUUCGGUAAGAACGAGCAUAAUGACUGUGUAGGGUUGUAUACCGAGACAUGGCAGUACCCAGUGUAUGUCAUCUGCUUCAACGUCGUCGUAUGGCUGAUUCCCACCACGAUAGCCGGCUGUCUUUACACCUGUGUGUGUCGCGCGGUCUGGAAGUCUAUGGCCUUUGAGAAGCGACCGAGUAACGUGGGAUACGACCAUAAAUCAAGGUGGGCUAUUGAGUUACAGUAUGUGAUGUAAAUUGGGUUAUGUUAGGGUAAUGUUGUCGUAAACUUGGUUAACGUUUUGUUGUACAUUAGACAUCGAGGUUUAUAUAUAAUCAUAUGGUAUGUGCAAGAGGUGGAAAUGACAUUAGAAUUUCACAACUUGUGACUAAUUAAGGUGAAUAAAGUCGAAACGUAAAAAACGACAACUUAUAUUAACAUAGAGAAACCUUUCUUUGUAUAAGAGGUUUUUUGGUCAAUAAGUUCUUUCCCCAAAAUAAAAUUAUGCCAUUUCAGUCUGAGGAUGAAGUACAAAAAACACAAAUUGUACAAUGAAGACGAGCAUCUACAGCUCUCGACCAAACUUCUGGACCAUGAGGACCAGUCUCGACGUGCCUCCAGACAUAGUACCACUCUAGUGCACCAUUCUGGCCUCAGGAUUCAGAGGGAAGAGCUGGAUAGGAAGAGAGUUCAGACAGUCAAAUUGACAUUGACAAUUGUGGCAGCCAACUUCAUCUUGUGGGCUCCAUUUAACGUUAUCAGUGUCAUUGAUGCUCUUACGCCCACCUUCUUGAGUAGGUUGAUAAAACAUGCACAUAUGAUUCAAAACUCAAGAAAAAAUUGAUAAUCUACAUUUUUUUGACCUAUUACAAACACUUUUACUUACUAUAACACAAUGUGGACCACAAUAUAACUUUGCUUACUUCAGGCCCGGUCUUCGCGACGUACAUAAUGUUCUUCGGGAACCUGAACAGCUCCGUGAACCCCUGGAUCUGGUUCUUCUUCAACCGUGACAUGGUCAAAGUGGCACUGUCACCGUUCUUCGAGGAAAGGUCAGUCGGACGAUCGCCGUCGCCUCAGAUGCUGACCGUAAUGAAUCGGAUUUGUAGCCGUGCCAACUCGACGUACUCGCUCCAGAGGCCCUCGAGUUGUCCGCCGAAUACCGGAUUCUGAAGGCGUUGUGUUUUGUGGUUACUGUAGUUGUAAUGAUAGUACUAACAGUUGUAUUUAUAUUGUACUCACAAUUACUGUUAUAACCGUUGUAUAGUACAUACAGUACUGUUAAUAUAAUAUUUUUAAUUUUUGAUAACUUUACCGUACUAUUGUAUUUUUACUGUAUAGUAAGAAUACGAUAGUAGAGGUAGGCACAGUCGGAUGCUCGUCGAGUACUCAACUCUAAUACUUUGUGGUUUUGAUAUAUUAAUGUCGUACUAAUGUUACUAACUAAUGCUUGCUGUAAUUUGAUUGUAACGUGAUAUGUCGCUUCUUAUACUGUCAAUAUUUAUAUGAUAAACUAACAUUAAUAUCAGUGAUGUUGUAACUAAACCUUUUCCUUACGGACUAUUUUGUUUCAACUAACAAGUUUCCAUGAUUCUGAAUGGCAUGUAUGUAAUUACAUACAUGCCAUUCAUAUACACAUUGUGCAUAUAAGCAUCAUACUUGUAACACUGCUGUCACUGUCGUAUCUUCACAGUAAAUCGUUGUCAAAUUAGUAUAACAAAGCUUAAAAAGAUCUUAUUUUAGAAAGCUGAAAGGCAAAUUGCCAUUGAAUUCUGUAUCAGAACCCUCCGAGAAUCAAUCACAACAUACGAAGAAGAACGGUUAUGCAUGUACACACUCGUCUACGAUUACUACGGUCAAAGUUUGA